UUUUACAUCUAAUUCCGUCUUUGUCAUCGGUCGGCAUAGUCGCGCGCGCGUAUUAAUUAGGGAAAGAAGUUUUUGAAGUUCUAAUUGCAGCCAAAGUGUAAUAUAUCCAGCAAGAUGGUUGAUCAAAUUGAAAUGGCAUUAGACGAUAUCAUAAAAGCAAAUAAGACCACCAGAGGAGGUGGUGGAGCUGGAAGAAAAUUUGUCAACAGAAGGCCUGGAGGUGGCCGCGGAGGUGGAGGCGCUGGAGGUGCCUUCCGAAAUGGCCGUACGGGUGGCGUGUUACGUGGUAGAAAUCGUGGCGGUAUAUCCAAAUCAACAAAUUACACAAGGGACCACCUAUUUCAGGGCGAUGUUAACAGCACAUGGAAACAUGACAUGUUCAAUGAUUCUGGUGAAAGGAAGAUUCAAAGAAAUGCCAUGUCGGCUAUCACAACUGGUCCUACUAAAUUAUUAGUGUCGAAUCUGGAUUUUGGAGUAUCAGAUUCUGACAUACAGGAGCUGUUCUCGGAAUUUGGCAUUUUGAAGAGUGCCGCUGUACAUUAUGACCGAUCAGGAAGAUCUUUAGGUACUGCUGAUGUGGUCUUCGAAAGAAGGGCUGAUGCUUUAAAGGCAAUGAAACAGUAUAACGGUGUACCACUGGACGGAAGAGCUAUGAAUAUACAGUUAGCCACAUCAGAAAUUAGCAGUUUUAGAAGUGACGACAGAAUCCGUGUUGGUGGUGGUGGCGGCAAUGCUGGUGGAGGACCACCCAGGAGAAACCCAAGCAGAGGAGGUGGAGCAAACAGGAACCAGGGUGGAGGUGGCGGUGGAUCGCGUGGCGGCAACAGCCGUCGUGGGCGCGGCGGGGCUGGUGCUGGGCGAGGCAAGCGCCCUGUACCCACCGCUGAGCAGUUAGAUGCAGAGUUGGAUGCCUAUGUCAAAGAAAUCAAGUGAAAGUUUGCUAAUAAGUGUAGUGCAACAGACACUAUUUUAAGUAAGGUUAGAUUAAUACAGAAAGACACUUCAAGAUGAUAAAGAUAAUUUUAAUUUCAAACCAAGAAAAUUGGUUUAACAAUGAUGUUUACAACAGAAUAAAAUUGUGGUUUUUGACUCAUGUUAAAUGUAUGAUUUGAAUAAACAUAAGAAUUUGGUACAUAUUGACAAA